CUUCAUUUUGUAAUACCUUAUCAAGGCCCCACUCUGAACAAUGCCAAUUAAAACGUAGAUCACGGUGUCUUAACACAACCCAUUCGUCACUCUGAACAAUGCCAAUUAAAACGUGGUUCAAUUAUCACGCUGUCUUAACACAAGCCAUUCGUCAUGGUAACGGCAUAAUGACAACGAGGUGAAUAUCUCUACAGUUUUCGUAUGAAGAAAAAAUUGAAGGCAACGUCAGAGCUGCUGUAUCCAUCUUAAAAACAUGUCAUGGUUUUCGGCGACCUUAAUCUCGAUACUUUUCUUGCUACUUUUAGUCAGCAACCGGAGUUUUCUCCAAGCCUCCUGCCCGCCCGGCUGGCUGAAAUGGCGACAGUCUUGCUACAUCCGACUCCCUAACAGGAUGAAUUGGUUUGAGGCCUCGGAGGCUUGUAACCGACCAGGAGGCAGCAUGAUUGUGCCCAAUUCAAAGGAGGAAAACCUCUUCAUCUGGGAGUCAUUGGUAACAGGCACCGGUGGACUCUGGAUUGGUUGUACGGAUGCGGCUCAAGAGGGUGUCUGGCUGUGCGAUGGUCAGCCUGCACAAUACACCAACUGGCAUCCGAGCUACCCAAGCAGAAGCAAUAAACGUAACUGCGCCCGUAUAUCCACCUACGAAGGAUGGCGUUGGGUCGAUAAGACACUUUGCAAUAGACAGCGAUUUGCUGCCUGUGAGAUGACACCCUCUUCGGUACCAGCCUACCACACCUUCACCGGUCCCGAUGGGCGUGUCCCCCAGCGAUGCCUCCUCCAUCACGACAUCAAGAAUCUGACGGCAGAGGGCUUGCUUGCCUGUGGCUGGGCGUGCUGGGCCGAUCCCCGAUGCCGCUCCUUUAAUCUCUGGCAGAGCAAGAAGAAACAAAAGAUGUGUCAACUCAAUGACGUCACUCGUCUUGUGGCUGAUGACAACGACUUCAAGGCAACCGACAACUGUUACUUUUUUAAUUUGUGAAAAUAUUUCACCGAAAGAACACGUGCCGUCAAUGCUCGGACGAACACUAUACUACUGUUGGAAAUACACUGAUACCUUAUUACGCAUUAACAUUAUAAAUACACUGCUGAUUGAUUGGAACUCACAAACAUCGAUGCCUUGUUUUAGAAGUAGCUGAGUUUAAGGUUAAAAUCUCAAUCUCAAAUUUGCCGUAUUUGUGUUUUGUCACGGGAUGAACAACAUACAAUCUGGAUGCCAUUUGAAGUCGUCUGUUCAUGUCAUCUUCAAUGGACUCGAACAUUGACUGUUUCUUUUUUUAAUUUUUGAACAUCAUCAUCCAAAGUGAGUUAAGUUUAGAUGUACAUGUAUCAACAAGAGGUUGUAAAAAGUAAGUGUGAACAACGAAUACAAAUGUUUUCUUCGUUAUGUAAAAGACAAAGACUUAAACAUUGUUGUUUUCAUGGUA